AUGUCACGAUUCCAAGGCCGUACUCUCGACCUGAUCUGGUUCAUCUUCCUCGUCCCGACGACACUGUUCAUCGACCUGCAGGUCUUCUACCCGGCCUGGCUGCUCGAGGCGACCCCCUUUCCCGCCGUGCUCGACUGGUACGUGUCGCGCUCGCGCGACCCCAUCCUCCUGGGCGUCGUGUCGGGCCGCGACGAGUGGGCUUGGCUGCGUACCUUUUUCUGGCUCGAGGCCCUCUUCCAGCUCCCGAGCUUUAUUAUUGGCGCCAUUGGCCUCUGGAACACCCUCCUGGUGGCGUACGGCGCGUCGACAGCCACGACCCUCGCUCCAGUGCUCAACGCCGUUCUCACGCACCCCUACUCCAAGCCGCCUCUCACGGUCGCCGAGCUGGGCAUGCUGCUCAGCAGCUACAUCCCGUUCCUCGUAUUUCCCCUCGGCAUGGCUCUCGACUUCGGUCUCCGCUUGGUCAAGAUCGCGGGCCGCAGCGUGUCCCACGAGCGCAAGAGCUCGUAA